AUGUUUAAAAUUAUCAAUAGAGGUGUUCUGUUGCCGGCUCUAGGGUUCGGUUUGGGUGUUGCUACUUCGAUGGAUGUUUGGCCAAGGACUCAACUCCCACUGCAUGAUGAGACGUUGCUUCCCCAUUUGCGGAGUGUUAAAGAGGGACAGAACAAUGAUGUGUUGGAGAAGAUCUCGAGGCUGCACGAAUAUCAGGAGUUAACUGGAGCAAGCUCGCAUUUUACAAAACAGUUUGUGCAAAGUCAGAAAAUACCAAGUGCGCACCAUUCGAAUCAUGUUGGACAAGGCUUAUUGUUUGGCAGAAGGAAACUUGAAAUUGAUCCGUUAGUGUUCCAUAAUGAAGCAGAAAGAGAAAUAGUCGGGUUCUACCAUAUAGGGGCCGAUCUAUCCGGAGACAAUGAUAAGGUUCACUAUGGGAUCUUAUCAUUGAUCUUAGACGAAUCUCUAUGCUAUUGUGGAUUCUCGUGUUUACCAAGUAAGAGAGGUGUCACUGCAAGACUGUCCGUACAUUUCAAUACUGAACUACCCGCAAACUCAACCAUAAUGUUGAAAGCAAAAGUAUCGGAAGUGAAAGGAAGAAAAUGUAUAAUCAAUGGAACGUUGAGCCUAGUGGACACAGAUACAGCAGUGGUAAGCGGCGUACCAUUCGCUAAUGCUGAAUGUAUCCUGGUAGAACCUAAAUGGUUCAAGUAUCUAAAUUGGGUAGACAUGUUCUGA